ACCGCGCGCCGGAAGCCCCUAGAAGCUCCCCUCUCUCGCUCUAACAGGUGCCUUGAUAGCGGAUUCAACAGCACCAAUUUUGCCAGUUGCCUGCGGCUUAGCAACUGCACAUUCUCUACUUUGUCUUUUUGGGCAUUGAUACCCCUUUCCAUUAGUGAAUAUUCUUUCUUGCGCCAUUUUCUUCUUUAUAAAUCGCGUCUAUUCAACACCUAUCUCAAAGCUCGGCUCCAAAUUCUCACCAUGGGCGAAUCCAGACAAGAACUUGUUCAAUGGCUGAACAACCUCCUCCAGCUCAACAUUACCAAGGUUGAGCAAUGCGGUACUGGCGCGGCGCUCUGCCAGGUUUACGACAGUAUCUACAUGGAUAUUCCCAUGCACAGAGUCAAGUUCAAUGUGAACGGUGAAUAUGCAUACGUACAAAAUUUCAAAAUUUUGCAAAAUGCCUUUGCCAAACACCAAAUCGACAAGCCGAUCCCCAUUGAGCAGCUCGUCAAAUGCAAGAUGCAAGACAACUUGGAAUUCUUGCAGUGGACCAAGAAAUUCUGGGAUCUCAACUUCCCCGACCACGAGUACGAUGCCGCUGCUAGACGAAAGGGAACAACCAUGGCGCCAACUGCCGGUAUGGCCAAGGCUCCCAUCACAACCGCUGGCCCUAGAAGAGGCGGUGUUACUCCUAGUGCCUCGCGUGCUGUUCCCAAGGCGGCUGGCCCUGGAACCGCCGCUCUUCAACAAGAGAACGCCACUCUCAAGGAGACGGUCGUUGGCCUCGAGCGUGAACGCGAUUUCUACUUCAGCAAGCUUCGUGACAUUGAGCUCCUGAUCCAGCAGGCAGUUGAGGAGGAUCCCGAACUUGAGAAGCAGGAAGAUGGCCUCGUGAAGAACAUCCAAACGAUCUUGUACUCUACGGAAGAGGGCUUCGAGAUCCCCGCUGAAGGCGAGGGCGAGCUAGAGGGUGAGGAGCUUUUGGACGACCAGGAGACGUUCUAAGCCAAAUUCACAUGCCGAAAAGAAAUAAACUAAGAAGCAAAAAAAAAGUUGGAGAUCUGGUGCAACUACCUUAGUGCACCUAAGACUCUGCAUAUCAUGAAGCUAUGAUGAAGCGCGAAGAUGUGUUUGAACCCGGCGGUAGGAGACCAAUGCGAGGGAUUGAAAUAGACGCAGUGCUCGUACAUUCUGUUGGACAUAGUUCAGUUUUCCAUGCAAUAUAAUUAUGUCGCAUUUU